AUGCUUCUUCAUCCAACAAUUUUUGUAGUCUUCAUGAUUUUCAGGUACCAUUUUUUUCCAACCGAAAUUGCGUUCCAGAAAAAAAAAUUUUAGCCAAAUCCUGGCGAAAUCUGCGAAUGAGAAAUUGCAAGCUUGUUGUGCUCAUGAUCCUGGAAUUGAUAGACAUUGUGCUCAGAAAUAUUGCAAUUUUGUUAAUAUUAAUCAAUUUCAGGUGGGAAUCUAGAUGAAAAUUGAAAUGAUUUUUGAAAUUUCUAGAUUUUCCCAUUUAUUGCUGAAUGUAAGGAUAAAGGAAAUACGAUUUCGAAGAUUUGGGAUUGUAUAAGUUCAAAGCAUAAUCAUGUGAAAUGCUGUGAAAAUCAGGUAAAACUGAGACACGUGGUCAAGUGGUUAAGAUCGAGGAGUUCCAUUCAAGAGACCAGGGUUCGAAGCCACUUGGGAGCUUCUGGCAAAGUUACCUGAUGUUCUUUUUUCUUACCCAAAUCUAACAUUUUUUGCUGAAAACUUUCUCAAGGUCGUUGUACUUUGAUCUACGCUUUUCGUCAAACGUCAUUAAACCAAACUACUUUUUCUUCUCCUUUUUUCGGACAAUAACCAAUCAGAAAUAAAAUCAGAUGUAACAAUUUUACACAUUUCUUCUUUCUUUAUAUUUUUCUUUCAGUUGAAACCAAAAGAUGACUAAUUUCCCCGACUUUCACUAACUUUCAAGCUCCGCCCAUUUUUCAAAUGUUUUCAGGGAGUUCUUCCACUUUGCCGCGAAUUCUGUGAUGCUACAAAAGCGGUGCCAACCGAUAUUUUGAAAUAUGGUUUUUGUACGGCUGAAUUUGAUAAAUAUCGAAUGUGUUUUAGAACUUAUUUGAAACACAAUAAUGCUAUUCGACAAUAA